AUGACGAAUGCCGCCUCAGCGCCGACGCUCUCUCCAACCGAAAUUGCAGAGCUCCAACAGACUGAAAUCGAGGCCAUCGAAUCCAUCCUCGAUCAAGACUUUACGCGUGUCGAGCAGAAGGCGUGGAAAGGUGCUGCCGCUUCUCAACUUCACGAGUUCCAGGUUGUCCUUCGUCCGGAUGAGGAACGCCUCAAACCGCUUGUUUGCGCCUACGUGCUCUUUCGUCUGCCCAAGAACUAUCCACUCGUUGUACCAACUAUCAUCAUCAAACACAAUGAUGGCCGCCAUAAAGGACUCAAGACAAGCCAUCUCACCAAGCUCGGCGACGAGCUCAACCGCAAGGCCAAGUCUCUCCUCGGAGCUGAGAUGAUCUGGGAGUUGAUCACGGCAGGCCAAGACUUUAUCAGUAUCAACAACACCAUCCCCAAAGAAGUCAAAGACGGUACACCCUCUCUCAGCCUGGAAGAGGAAAUGCAGAAGCGCGCCAAGGAACAGCACGAGCGUAAUAUUGCAGAACAGCAGCAAGAACUCCUUCGCAAACAACAGGCAGAGAGCGUUCGCUCCGAACAGCUUGCUCAGCUCAUCCAAGAAGAGGCAAACAAGAAAGUUGCUCUGCUAAAGCAGGAAAAGGAGCGCAAGCGUGAGAGCAGCUAUUUCGGCCAGCAUGGCCCUCUCAGCCCUGUCAAAGGCCUCGGUACUGCCACCUCGCCCUCUGGUACUUCCGCCGCAGCAGAAGCAGCAGCAACUUCAUCAGAUGCACGUAUCGAAACCUUCCUCGAUCCCAUCGAGCACAAUGGUCGCGUCACCUCGAUCCUUCGAGUCGGACCUGUUCUCAGCAAUACAGGCCUCGCGACACGCCAUCUUGCUGAAUCAGCCCACGAUGCUCCCACCGACUCUCGCGCCCCUUCGCACUCUUGGAUCAUCGAGCACUACUUCAUUACAUCGCAGCACUACGCCUACUCGGCUGGCAAGCGCAAGCUCGAGGAGGUGGAAUUCGAGUUCGACAAACUCGUCAAAGUGCGCGAGCCUGGCUUGGUAAACGUGCUCGCCAGCGCCGUCACCCGUACUGUGGAUCCACAGGGUUGGAAGCUCAGCGUCGUCAUCGAGCGUACCGACGGCCUCUGUUUGCGCGACUUACUCGAGCAAUGCGACUCACUGCCCUGGAGGCGCGUGCGUCACUAUCUCUUGGCGCUGCUCAAGACAAUCGACUCGCUACACACUCGCAACCUCGUCCAUCGCAGCAUCAACGCCGACUCCAUCUUUGUGGAAGGAAGAACACAGGCGGGCAUGGCUUCCGUUAUCCGACUCGCAGGCGCCUGCUAUUCCCGUCGCUUGAAAGACAUGCAUAAGUCCAAUCCGCUCAACGACCUCGUCGGCCCUAUCGACGAAGAUGUACAACCCGACACAUGGAAGGCGCCCGAGUCGAUAGAUCAGCCAUUGUCGUACAGCCGCAAACGCGACAUUUGGGAUCUGGGAAUUUGUGCCUGCCAAAUGCUCUUUGGUUUGGAUUGUAUCGUCGAGUACGACCUUCCAGAGCACCUCCUUCGUGGCAACAAGAAGCUUGAUCCGCAUGUACAGGCCUUCCUACUUCUCAUGCUCGAGCGGUCCUCCAAGAAAAGGCCCACCGCAGCUGCUCUCGUCUCGCGCCUCGACGAGCUCAUCCUGUACGAAGACACGGAGCUGGCAGAGGACUCUAACACCAAGAUGCCUGAACAGUCCGCCACUCCAGCUGCGGGAACAGCUGCCAAGGCCAUCAAGGCCACACCUCGUCCAGGCACAGCACGCCAACAGAGCGAUCUGCAGAACAACCAUCUUGCCUCGCCUAGUCCCAAAAUCGGCACUGCUCUCAACGCAGAUGGCUUUCAGUCAAUCGGCUCCCUCUGGCCCUUCCGCUCGCCUUCGGGUACAGGUGCUCCGCAUGCUGCCACCUCCUCACGCUACCUCUCCGACUUUGAAGAGGUUGAAUUCCUCGGCAAAGGUGCGUUCGGCAGCGUUGUCAAGGCUCGCAACCGCCUCGACGGCCGUUUCUACGCGGUCAAAAAGAUCAAGCUCUCCAGUUCGCCCGACGAGGAUGAGAGAACGCUGCGUGAGAUCAGCGCGCUCAGUCGUCUCGACCAUCCCCACAUUGUACGAUACUCGACUUGCUGGAUCGAAGAGACGCACUUGCCCAUCGCUGGGCUGGCUGCAAGCGACACGGAUGGGUUCACUUCCAGCCAAACGCUCGAGACGAACACGACCACGAGCAAGACCCACGCGUCUGGACCAAGUCUGUCCAUGUCGGCGUUUGGCAAUGGCUUCCAGCGCUCGACCAAAGCGACCAGGCCUGUAGGUGGCCGCGACGAUUCGUUCCGCGCCGUUCCCGACUUUAACGAUGACGAUGAUGAUGAUGCCUUUGCAUCGGGUGCGAACUCAUCAAAUCUCACAGGAAGCUACAGCGAUAUCCGUUUUGCCGAGGACGACGACGAUAGCGUGGAUCAGCGAAAUGCUGGCACCUCUUCACGUGCAAAGGCCGACACGUCGUUCAAGGGCGGAUUGCUGGCCUUGCGCACGCCUUCAGACGACAGCGACUCGGAUGAGGAUGAAGACGAAGACGAUUCAGAGGAGUCGAGCUCAGAGGACGAGUUUGACGGCGACGACGACGACUUCAGUCGCAUUCGACUAUCAUCCCGGCGAGCCUCUCGCGCUGGUCGUUCAGUAUCGAGAAGCGUCAGCGUAGCGCGACUGUCAGGUAGUGUUCCCGUACAGCGUGUGCUCUACAUUCAGAUGGAGUUUGUCGAGAAUCGCACCUUGCGCGAGGCCAUCGAAAAGGGUUUGACGGAAGAUGAAGCCUGGCGCAUUCUGCGUCAGAUGGUCGAAGCACUUGCCCACAUCAGCAGUCUCGGCAUCAUCCAUCGUGAUCUCAAGCCUUCCAACGUGCUCAUGUACGCUAACGGAGAUGUCAAGAUCGGCGACUUUGGGCUGGCAACCAAUGCCCUUCAGAUUGGGGAUGGCAAUGCUGGGCACAUGACUGGAACUGCCGAAUUGGCUGAAAGCAGCGAUCUCACUGGCGAUCUCGGCACCUUCUUGUACACCGCUCCCGAGCUGCGCUCCAAAGGCGGCGUCAAGUACAACUUCAAGGUCGACAUUUACUCGCUUGGCAUCAUCUUUUUCGAGAUGCUGGCGAGUCAACGUGUCUACCACACGGGCAUGGAGCGCAUCCUCUUGAUACGCGAACUUCGAGAUCGAGAUAUUGGCUUGCCGGCGGUCUGGCCACACAGCAAGCUCGAGAAGCAGACGGCGCUCAUUCGACAGAUGCUCGACCAUGAUCCUGAUCGUCGACCUUCACCUCUCGAGAUCCUCAAAAGCGAUCUGCUACCACCCAAGAUGGAGGACGAGUAUAUCGAGGAGUGCCUGAGACUCAUGGCGAACCCCACCAGUGCCUACAACCAUCAACUCAUGGAUGCGCUCUUCAGCCGUACUGCUGCCGAUCUUGUGCGCGACUUCACUUUUGACACUGGCGCCGAGACCGACCGCGAUACCUCGUUGACAACGGUGGUGUGCGAUCUGAUCCGGAACGCGGCUCGCCGACACGGAGCUGUCGAGUUUACUGCUCCGCUCGUCGUGCCACCCAACGGCCUCUACACUGCCACCGAAAAGAUUGUGCAGAUGUUGGAUCGCACUGGACGAGUGGUGCAUCUCCCGUACGAUCUCACGGUUCCUUUUGCGCGAGUGUUUGCUCGUAGCAGCAACCAGCGUUUUAAACGGUACGAGAUCAGCAACGUCUACCGCGAGAAUGUGGUUGCUGGUGGCCAGCCUCGAGCCGUGCUGGCGGCAUCAUUUGACAUUGUUUCGCCAGAAAAGUCGGCGGCAGCAGAAGCGGAGGCUUUGGCAUUUGUCGAGGAAGUGCUCGACGAGAUUCCGGGCGUAGCAAGCGAAGAUUGGGUGAUCCACAUCAAUCACGAGGUCGUGCUGUCGAUGAUUCUCGAACGCAUCCCUGCCAAGCACCAUACUGCUGUGCUGGGCGUCGUGGCGCUGCUCGCUGGUUCCAAGACGAUCCAGAGCGCACGCACCCAACUUCUACAGCUCGGGCUGCCGCGAUCCACGAUCGAGGAGCUGGAAGCUUUCAAUUUGAACGACGACGUGGAAGCCGUGCAUCGCCGAUUGGAACGCCUGUUCCCCUUGGAUCUGCGGACCAGGUUGUCGAAGGCUGUCUCGCAAAUAUCGGAUGUUGUGGCCACAGCGCGAUUCUUUGGCGUACAGCGACGCUUUCUCUUUUCGCCCCUGCUUGCGCAAUCAAACAGCCUGUACAAAGGUGGCGUGCUGUUCACGGUGGUAAGGGCCGGAAAGCGACGUGACGUGGUGGCUGCAGGUGGUCGAUACGAUACGCUACUCAAGCACUUUGCCAACCCGUCGGCAGCUUCGUCGGCGCCUUUGCACGGUGUUGGGGUGCAGAUGGCAGUCGGCAAACUGACUCUGGGUCUGUCCAAGUACCAAGAAGUGCAGGUGCCGAAGCUUCUCUCGCGGGCGGAAGAGGAACGCAGCUUUGGUCUCUACACGCCAAGACGGUGUGAUGUUUAUGUCGCUUCGACGCCCGGUCUGCUCGAGACUCGCAUGGAGAUCUGCCGCGAGCUGUGGGCGCACAACAUUGCAGCCGAUCUGCAGUACGAGCAUGCGACUUACAACACACCCGAAGCUGCGGCAGCAACGUGUCGUGCCGAGGGCAUUCUGUUGCUCGUCUUCGCUAAGGCACGAUCGCCCGUGCUCAAAGUCAAGGUGGUUCUGCAGCGUGUCGAAUACGAAGUGGCGCGUCAUGAACUGGUGGGAUUUGUUCAGGAUCGAAUUGCAAAGCAAAGGAGUGUCGAUUUGCAGGUAGCUGGGUCAGCAGGUGGCAGCGUCGCUGCUGGUCGCUUCGGUCCUGCUGCCUUCGAUGCAGCAUCGAUGAGGGCAGCCACCGCGGCCUCGGGAGCACCCGGCUCCGGAGGCGGAAUGUAUCACCAUCACCAGCACGGAGGCUUUUCGCGAACGUACAGUGGCCACGAAGUAAUGCCUUCGGCCACAAUCGCAGUGCGCGAACGCGAGAUGCUGUUGCCAGAGAGGCCCAUCGAACGAUCGAAAAAGGGCGACAAGAGUCAACAGAACCGGCCCAAGCCUUCGUCACGCCAGCUGGUGCUCGACAAAGCCUCACGUCAAGUAUCCAAGUUUGCCGACCAACUGCAAUCGGGCAAUGUGCCCAUCUUGGCGGUCGAUUUCACGGGAGCCAACUUUGACCGGCUUGCUGCAGCGCUCACUGCGUGUCUCGGCAGCCAUGGAGAGAGGGGGCACAGUGGGAACGGAGACGUGGGCGGCGGUAGCAUGGAUACCGAGGAUGAGGGCGCGUACAUGUUUCGCGCCUUCCUCGAGACGCUGUCUGCCGACGAGAGGGAGUAUGCUAGGCUGGUCAAGGGGAGGGCGAUUGCGUUUGCUUUCCCGGACGCAAGCAACUCGGCGAUCAACACGGUUGGGUGUGGAAGGGUAUUUCUGUACUCGCUGAGGGAGGAUCGGACCGCUUUGAUCGGGUGCGGGCGUUGA